UGACACCUGCCCCUGGGUGCUUAUAAGAACGCCUCACCUGCGCAAGUAGAUAACACAUGAAGAGAGCUACAAACUACACCUGGAGCAUUAGAGAGCUGCAUCUACAGACUUCACCAUGAGGUUGAACGUGCUGCUCUUCCUGAGCCUGUCUCUCUGUCUUGCACUGGCACAAGUGUCCUAUGAAGACUGCUGCCUGAAAUAUGUGAAAAAAAUGAACCACAGCACUCAGAAACAUGCAGUGAAGUACAGACGGCAGGAGACAGAUGGAGGCUGCAACAUCCCUGCUAUUGUAUUCACCAUGAGGAAGGGGCGAGUGUUUUGCACAGACCCCAGAGAGAAAUGGGUCGAAGAGCUGAUGAAUAAGAUUGACACAAGGGGAGCCAGAAAAAACAGCUACAACCCCUCCAAGAACCAUCCACAACAGUAGCGGAAGAGAGGCUGAGGGCGAGAGCCUGCCAGCCCCAAUCAUCCUUCUGCCCUCUGGUUAAUCUUACCAUCCACCAAGAUGCAGUUGGACAGUUUCAUGACAUCUGACUGGAAGGCAGACGAGGAAGCUGGCCAAAUUUUGUAGCAUUACUUUUGCUUUCACUCUGCAUUAAGCUAAGGGUCAAGAGCUUGUGUAGAAUUGCAGCAGCACUUUGUUGUCCAGGGUUGGGCUGUUAAUGCUGAGUGGUCUCCACACAAUACAUAUAAAUAUGUUCAAUAGCAUGGCUGCUUCACUGGGAUUAAUUGUGACCAUUUUCUUGCCUUUUGAGAACUUUUAAUGUUCAAUAAUAUGUUUAAUUGUAUGAAUGGUGAUGGAAUGGAAUUAAAUGUAAAUAACUUUCUGUAAUGUUUGUCAUAGGGAAGGAGAAAUUCAUGUCUUAAUUUCUGAAUUGUUUAAGUGCCUUUUCAUAAAUUUUGUGUCUGGCUUUUAUUACAGUAUAUGUGUUCCCAUAAAAGCAUGAUUGCAAUAAACUUGCUUUUCAGAUCCCACACAAUGUUGUUUAAAAGUUCAUGUAUAUGUACAUAUAUAGGGUAGAGCGGUAACAAUAUAAACUUUCUCCAAUGUUUGCGUCACCUGAUGCUAUUAAACACAAUGAUAACGUGUAACUCCUCUCACCAUAAGCGACAUCACUACCACAAUUUCUGCUACCAAUCACUGCAAUACAACACAAUAUUGAACUCA